AGUUGACGACCCCCUACCCGAAAUAUGGAGUUAUAAAUAAUACGUAUGUACAACGAUCGGAGCAACUCAUGGGAGAACAGAGAGUCGCAGAGCAUUGCAAAGGUUUUGUAACAGCGAAACAAAACGGCGAAUUACAACGGGGAUCCGAUGACUCUAAGGAAGAGGAAAGUGCGAUGGAGGUGUUGAGCCGAACCAAACUAGUAGCAAGUAGUGGUUAAAAGGGAGUUGCAUGACGGAAGACUAAUUAAUUUGAACAUCAAAAUGAUAAAGGAGUUGAAAACUACAAAAUGUGUGGAUCCUGAACGAGGACCUACAAGGAGCUUUUGGCAAUGUCUAUAUUUCCAAGAAAGAAGUUCAAGGCUUCAACAUUAGAGUUGUUCUUAAAGAAAUAGACAUUGGCCAAAAACAAUCCCAUAAGACACAAAAGUUGGGAUCAGUUACAAACGAAAAGCUUGCAUCACGAUUAAUGCAUUUUGGAAUUGUGCCUCUACUGGCAUUUCACGACGAUCAUAAAAAUGGGAAAUACUACUUUGUAUCACCCUUUCUCGUGAACGGUGACCUGUUUGAUGUAAUCCAAUGUGAUACAUACUAUAUAAGGAACAAAAUGCAAGUCAAACUGAUAUGGGAAAAGCGGGUGAAAAUUAUGUACCAGAUUGCGUCCGCGUUGGACUACAUGCACGCUGGCAAUAAAUUUAGGGGUACAAUAUUACACAUGGAUAUUAAAUCAAAGAACAUCGUAUUAGACUCUAAAUUCAAUGCGCGAUUAAUCGACUUUGGGCUUUCUCGAGAAUUGAAAGAAGGCGAUGAAAGUUUGGCCGUUACGGCAUUACCUUUGGGAACAAAAGGAUACUACCCCACCAUGCAGCAUAACAUGCUCACCAAACAGCACGAUUACCACAAUUUCGGAGUAGUGAUACUCGAAUUAAUUACGGGAUUGGAAGCGUGUACCACAGAUCAAGGAUUAGAAUUGCGAAAAUGGAAUCUUCGGCGCAUCAAGGAUCGUCAACAGGACGAAGUCUGGAUUAUAAGUGGCAUCGUGGAACAAUUGUCAAAUAUUGCUCUAGAAUGUAUUGCCAGUGUGUCAUCGACGUGUAAAAAACCCAUCACAUCGGAUAUCGUUCUGUCACGGUUGACGGAGGUGGUUAGAAAGAACUCGGUGACGAAAUGGGAGGCAUUGAACGACGGUCGUUGCGAAGUGUGCUUAGUUAAUUUGCAGUUUAAAGAUGGUGUUGAUGGACAUGAUUUCGAUGCUGGAGAUUGUUCUGAAAGAAUCCGUGCUGUUGAUUGUUCUGAAAGAAUCCGCACAUGUUGCGCAUGUAUGAGAAAUUCAUUCAUCAAUCCCAUAAUAUGUCACACGUGUGGAAACACAAUCAAACCAUUUAUAAAUGAGAGCUGGGGUGCCAUUCUAUUAUCUGGCUAUGACAAGACGGAUGGAGAAGGUUGUGAGGAGGGAGCGAACGUUUUUCAUACUGAAAUUGUCAAAUUUAAGGACGUCAUCACAUCAAAAGUACUCCCAGCUAUGUGUUUGAGUGAAAAAAAUGUUAUCAUUGUUCCGAGAGAUGAUGCGAAUUCCAGAGAAACCAUUGCCAAUCAAAUUGAUGAAGCAUUCACUGUGCUUGCACAAAAGGAUAUUCAAACAUUGCUCUUUGUAUACUCCGGUCACAAUAAUAUGGACCAAGGUUUUCAAAUUGACAAAAACGAGUAUUAUCCCAUAAGUACACUAAGAACGAAGAUUAACACAUUGAAGCAGUCUGGAGGGAAACUGGAAAAAGUGAUUGCUUUAAUUGACUGUUGUGAGCCCGAAUGGUUGGAUUUAGAUAAGUCAAUCAAAGUGAUUCAGUUAAAUGCAACUGGUCAAACAGAGGAAGCCGGUGCGACACGAAGUCAGGGGAGCCAUUUCUUAUCAUAUAUUAUUCAGGCAUUUACCGCGAGUGCGAAUGGUGGUAAAUGUAAGCAUCCUGGGUGUGCAUGCAUUGAGCAUUUGAAACCAGGUUUUAUUACAGUUGAGCACCUGUGGCAUUAUGUUGACGAGCACCGGAAAAAUGGCCAUAUGAUUGGAAAUGGGCCAUCAAAGACUAUGCAAGGCAUUGAUUGGAAAAAUACUAUCAUUGCAUACAAUUACGACUUUGAAGUGCAGUUUAAGUUCACAAUUGUCUGGCCCAGCACUUCAAUUAAAGUACCAGCUUGUGUAUCGCCAAACAUGUGUACAAGUUUUGUUGCGUUAAAAGAAAUUUUAGCGGAUGAAGUCAUCAAACACGUGUACGGCUUCAAUACAAACGACUGUGGUAUAAAAUCAGAACUGGCGGAUAUCAUAAGUAUCGAAAUAGAUACAGGGCCACGAGUUUACAAUGUUGAAGAAAUAGACAACGAGGAAAAGCUGCUGUUAGCAUGGAAUUCUAAGCGGAUGUUAAGAUGCACUCCUCGCCGUUUGCACAACAUUGAUACUACCAAACCUGUGGGUCUGUUUUUGAAAGAUUGUAAGGACGUUCAGACUAAACAUUUGGAAUGUAGCAUCCAGCAACCGUUUUCUCUGAAAGACCUUGAAAGGUUUAAGAAUAUGUUAGAACAGAUGGAAACAAAUUCACUGGAAAAAAGCCUCAAAGAAUAUACCGACGCUUUAGAUGUAAUCAUUCACCGUAAAAAAGAGAAACAGCUGCAAGACAAUGACCUUCAAGUAUCGUUUUUUGAUCUACCGGAAAAUUACACCUUUGUCUACAUGAAAUUCGUACAGAAGCUUUCAGUUGUUUCAACGUAAACAUAAUGAAAUGUCUCACACUUUUUUGUGCAAGUUGUCAUUUUGAAUAAGUGAAAUUCGUUUAAAAAAUGCUUCGGAUCAGUCGAGUUUCUGUUGUUCGUGAGGCAUGUAUGUGUGGAAAUGUUAGAUAAUAGUGUGAUUAUAAUGGAAAAAAAUAUCCUACGCUGGUGAAUUAUCGAAUCAAGCAGCUUUAAAUGUGCAAACCACUUUAAAUAUUAAUCACUUGUUGAGUGGGACCAACAUAACGAUUCAGUAGUGAUGUGCUAAUUAUUCAUGAAGAACAGAACCAUCGCGUGACGAUGAAGACUAAGCGACGAAUAUUGUUCAUAUGUGUAUGUGAUACAAAACUGUACAACUUUAAAGUGUGUUUUAGGUCUGUACUGUUAUAAAUGUAGCAUGUUCAAAAUACCACUGCUCAUGCUAUUACCAGGACAGCACGACAAAGUCACAUUACACCGGUGCUGAGGGAACUCCACUGGCUUCCUGUACAUGCAAGAGUGGAGUACAAAGUACUGAUGCAUGUGUUUAAAGCACUUCAUGGACAGUCACCGCGCUACAUCAGGAGUAUGCUUGAGAUUUACACUCCACGUAGAUAACUCAGAUCUCAGAAUCACUCUGUCCUUCUAGUCGUGCCGAGAACCAGGACUGUGUCGAAAGGGGGCCAUUAGUUCAGAUCUUCCGCUCCAACACUUUCGAACUCACUACCAGCAUCGCUCAGAGACAUUAAAACAUUACCCGCCUUUAAGAAAGCACUAAAAACACAUUAUUUCGCAAACGUUUACUUGCAAUGAUGAUUAUUUCAAAUUUAUGUUCUGUGACAACUGUUUUUAAUUUAAUUUUUUAAUUUAAUUUUAUUUUUAAAACAAAGCACUUAUCUAUCUUAUAGCGCUUUAGUUUGUUAUUUCAAUCGUUUAUUCUAUGUUCAGUUUGGUAUUAAUUUCUUAAGCGUGUAUUGGCAUUUCUUAUACUUUGCUUUAUACUAAAUACCUAAAUACCUAUAUUUUACAAUUGUUCUUAUAUUUGCUUGUUAUUUAUGCCCUCAUAUUAUAUAGGUUUCAUUCUAUUUUAGUUUUAUAUGUGUCGAUCUAUUAUUGCUUAACAUAGUUUUUAAUGUCUUUGUUUAUUUUGCUGGUUGAACCAUGCAUUUGUAUUGUACAGUACUUUUGAACGUGUGAAUU